GAGUUGAAGCCCACCAUUUCAGACUGUCCACCGAAAGCAACGCGCCGUCGUGCUUAACUUUCAGAGGCGUUUCCCUUACGCUUCGCUUUCUCUUCCACUCAGCUUCCUCAGCUCUCACCGAUUCUUCUGACCUAUUGAAACCAUGAGCAGAUUCAGCAGAUUCGAGCUGAUUGACCGCUACUACUCUCACUGUCCUUCUCUUCUACUCACCGAGGCUGAGACCUCCAUUGUCCUCCCCAAACCUCUCGCAUUCCCCUUCCAUUCCUUUGUUGAAGAAGUGGAUGACUUCGAUUUCGCCUUCGACUUGUUGAGCCAUCGGCGUGUUCGACCUUCCGCGUUUGAUGUCUUCGAUUCCUUCGCCGAUCUGGUUCGGAUCGAUGAGGCGCCGUUGGUUUCGUCUUACCGGCGGAUUCGGAGAGUUGAGAAAUCGAGAGAUGAGGUUUUGUUGCAGAAGUUGAGCGAUCGAGUUAGUGAGCUCGAGGCGCGGUUUGAUCGGUUGAGUAGAGCGAGGGUUAGUGGUUAUGGUGAUCGGAAGUACUCGUUUACGAAGGAAAUUAAAGGAGUGGAGAAGAAUAGCGUCGAUCGGAAGUAUAAGCUGGUAGCUGAGAUCAAAGAUGGGAAGAAGAUCAAGGAGGGCAACAAUGGUGGAGUUUUGCAGAACUACAAGUGGAGUGCUGAGAUUAAAGGGAAGAACGAGAGAGAUCCAAUCAGGAAAUACACUGUGGAGGUUUCAACUGGAAAUGGAAACGAGAGUACAGAAAAGAAGGAUGAGAAGAAAAAGAAGGGGAAGAAAGUCGGGAAUGAGACGCGUGUGGUUGAGAUUGACGACACUGAAGAUCAAGGAGCUGUUGUCUUAAGACAGGCAUUUGCGAAGAGAACUAGAGUUGUGGAGAAUAAGAAGGGUAAGAAGAAGGAGUUGUCUCCUCAAGAAGCAGCUCUUAUCAUUCAGUUAAGUUUCAGAGAAUACUUAAUUCACAGGUCAAAGGUUCUCCGUGCUCUUAGAGAUCUGUCAAUUGCCAAGACAAAGUUGAAGGAGAUCAGAGAAUCCUUCAAUAACUUUGCUUACUGUCAGCGGCUAGCUCGGGAUGCAGAGGAGCGCCAGAGGUUCACUGAAAAAAUAAUUGUGUUGCUCCUCACUGUCGAUGCUAUUGAGGGAGUUGAUCUGAUGGUGCGAACUUCAAAGAGGUCAAUGGUAAUCGAGCUAGAAGCCAUGCUUGAGGUGGUCGAUCCCCAACCUGUUAAAAGAUCGAUUUCCUUUCGGAGAAGAACGUUCGAUAUGCCUAGUGGAAGCAUCAAUAAGGAAAUUGCAGCUGGUGUAGCCCAGGUAGUCGAGUUGAUCGAUCAAGCAGAGAACAGUGUCAAUGCUCAUGAGGCCUCUGAAUAAAGAGACGUGGUUUCUCAUACUACUGCCUCUUUCGAGUUUCGAGUAACGGUUCCUGUUGAAGAUGGAGCGGCGGCCUUACACCUUCGGUAUGUUUUACAGAGCUGAGCUUUUGAUUAUGCAGUAACAACGUUCAUGUAGAAGAUGAAGUGUUUAUGCUUGUGUUAUGUCCAAACUAUAUUUUUACCUAAUCUUUGCUAUUUGGAUUGAUAUCUAUCUAUGUCAUAUGAAACCUUUGGACUGCUG